GUUUGGGAGCGCCGGAGGUGCUGUAGGAAAUUUCCUUCAUCCCAGAGAAGCCGGAGUGAAGGGGGAUGGAUGCUGUACUUCAGCGAAUAAAUAGUUCUCUGCCGGCAUCGUGUAGUUUGAUGGGGAGAACAUGUACAUGGGAAUGAACGAGAACGCCCAGGAGUUUCUAUCGGCAAAUCAGACGUAUAACGGUCAGAAUGAGAAUAACGAAGACUAUGAGAUCCCUCCCAUAACGCCUCCUAACCUCCCUGACCCUUCCCUCCUGCACUUGGUGGAUCACGAAACUGGAUAUCACUCCCUGUGCCACAGCCUCCCUCCAAACAGCCUGAUACCAGCGUACCCCUACCAGAACAUGGACCUGCCGGCCAUCAUGGUCUCCAACAUGUUGAGUCAGGAUGGACAUCUUCUCUCCAGCCAGCUACCCACGAUCCAGGAGAUGGUCCACUCGGAGGCCACGUCCUAUGAGUCCAACCGUCAAGUGCCCCUGCUCAACCGCCCCGGGAUGUUAGCCGGCCCCAUGAGCGCUCUCAGCCAGUCACAGCUGAUCUCUCAGAUGGGGAUGCGGAGCGGUGUUACCCACAGUUCCCCCUCGCCCCCGGGAAGUAAGUCUGCUACACCAUCUCCUUCCAGUUCUACUCAGGAAGAGGAGACAGAGUCACAUUAUAAGGUUACUGGAGAGAAAAGACCAUCAACAGACCUGGGCAAAAAGCCCAAAAGCCAAAAGAAGAAGAAAAAGAAGGAUCCCAAUGAGCCCCAGAAGCCCGUGUCAGCCUAUGCCCUGUUCUUCAGAGACACACAAGCAGCCAUCAAAGGGCAAAACCCCAACGCCACCUUUGGAGACGUAUCGAAAAUCGUUGCGUCCAUGUGGGACAGUUUGGGAGAAGAACAAAAACAAGCGUACAAGAGGAAAACAGAAGCUGCCAAGAAGGAGUACCUGAAGGCGCUGGCAGCGUAUCGGGCCAGCCUGGUCUCCAAGAGCUCUGCUGACCAAGGGGAGACGAAAAGCGCCCAGACCAAUCCACCUUCCAAAAUGAUCCCUCCCAAGCAGCCCAUGUACCCGAUGCCACCGCAGGCUUCCUCGCCCUACCCCGGCCUGGGAUCCUUCCUGUCCCCAUCGGACCUGCAGAACUACCGUGGCCACCCCCACCCCGGCCUCCCCCGGACCCUCACCCCCCAGCAGCCCCUCCUGUCCCCCCCCAUGGCACUACAGGUACAGCCCCCCAUCAACGCCUCACCUCCUGGGCAGCAGGACUUCUCACAUAUUUCAUCUGAGUUUCCAAACAGUGUUGGACCCCGUUCGCCAGGUGCAUCGAACCCUCCGGGAAGCACCGACUGGGACAACGACUACCCCAGCAGAGAGUGUGGGAUCAACCACUGCAGCAUGCUGCCAAGGGACAAGGCACUCUACCUCACCUAAAACCCACCAUCUGGCUUUGGAGGAGGCUCAGAUGAAGGACACUGGAGAGGGUCUAUCUUACAGACUACCCCGCAGGGGCACCGAGCAAGUCGUCCGGACGAGAGAGCUACCACUGCACCUCGUCGCUGGCUUCGUUUCCAGGCUCUAAGAGCAGUUUUCUUUUCUUAUUUUUUUUUUUUUGAACUCUAAAGCCUACUUUCCGUGGAAGCCCAAAACCUCAUAGAUCAUGAAGAACAAAAAACGAAACAAAAAAAACCAUAAAAAAUAAAAAUAAAGAAAUAAAAAAGUAAAAAAAUACAAUAAAUAAACACAAAACCAACAAAAAAAAAACUAAGGACACCAUUUUUCUGCUUGCCAUCAGCUUCGCUACAGACUAUUUUCCUAGUGAACUGCUUUUAGACACAGCAUAGGCCAGGUCUGGUGUCCGACAGCAUUAGGCCAGCUCAGUAGGAGGAUGCACUCUUUUGACUUGCUAAUAAACAGCACUAAACUUUGUGCGAGAAAAAAAUGUGAAGUUUGUGUGAAUAUUGUACAUGCAAAGGCCUUGGAUGUCUGGCGAAUAAAAAAAAAAAAAAUAAAAAAUAAGAUUACAAAACUUAAAUAAAAACUAUUGCUAGGUAGGUGGGGGGAGAGAGAGCAGGAGGCAAAAUACGAGAGGAAACAAAUGUGAAAAAGAUCAUGAAAAUAUAAUUUGUUGGAUAGUUGUAAGUAGUUUACUAAGUGUUUUAGAGCUGUGCUAAAGACAUCUUUAAGAUUUUUUUGUGAAAAAAAUUAGUAGUUUACUUUAUAGUAAAAGCAUUUUAUAUUAAUUGUAGCACAUUUUUUAGUUAUACAUAGAAGGGAGAUGUGUAUAAAAAAAAACAACAAAAAAAGCCUGCCAAACUUGUUUCUAUUAUUUGUACAGCAAGAAAUGGACAAUUUAUAUCCAUGUUGUAUGGCAUUAUUAUAUUUUUUCUGCCAUAUGUCCAUCUAUUUAAAAAUUGCUGACAAUGAUUUUUGUCUAUUUAUGAAAAAUUAGAGAGCAUAAUUACCAUUUCUCAUAAGGUGCAUUUUUGGGGUUUUUUUUAUUUUUUAUUUUCUUUGACGGUACUGCUUCCGCAGCACCUGGCACAUUCGGUUCACGAUGCUUAUCUUACCUUUCUUUAUAAUAAAACAUAUGAAAAGUA